AUGGGUAGAGGGAAGAUCGAGAUAAAGAGGAUAGAGAACACCACAAACAGGCAGGUGACCUUCUGCAAGCGGCGCAACGGCCUGUUCAAGAAGGCAUAUGAAUUGUCCGUACUGUGCGACGCCGAGGUCGCCCUCAUCGUCUUCUCCACCCGCGGCAAACUCUACGAAUACGCAAACCGCAGGUAUACCCCAUGGCUGAUGGUCGCAAUUCUCUUUGUUCAUAUUUUAAUCGUUUUCCUCAGCCCUUUACUACACACAUUCGAUCAUAUUUUGAUCUCUUGGGAUUCUCCCCAAGAUUCUGAGUGA